AUGUCGGCUGGAAAUACAGCCUCAGAUUAUGCUCCCUGCGCAGCAGUUGUCCUUACGGUUCUUCCACCUUCCUGUACCGCGAAAUACAUAGCAUCCGAAGUUAGCCGUGUUCACAUCGCUAUCGAUAGCCUAGUAGCUAACCCCGGCCAAAAUGAGGACUGCGUCGCUCCCGCUCGAGUCUCUGCUUAUUGUCAAGCAUCCGCUUCAGAGACUGCAUUCUCCCUCUCGCGGGUUUUCUGCAAUUUUACAUUUAGCUGCACUAUCGAGCUUCGCUUUUUCGUUCAAAUAGAGCGAGGCAUACGGAUGGCAUUUCCAAUAUUUGACCAUCAUCGGCCUGUGCAUGGCUACACUCACAAACCUGGUGGGUCUGGCUGCAGACGUAUUUUUGUCAAUACGCCUGUUUGCUGUCAAGAACGUUCUCCUGGUGUGCAGCGCACCAAUGGAAGUGUUGAUCAGUGUUUUAUAUUGCGGCUUGAAAAUCAUAUUGGAUUCCAUGCUAUUCCAGCCAUAGUGUUGGCCAUCGAUCUACUGUACCUUUCGCCGCCUUGGUCUAUAGGGGCCAUCCCAUCCAUGGGAUUGGCUAGCAUCAUCGCGUUUGGCUAUUGGUUUUGGGUGGAGAAGUGCUACCAGUAUAACGGAUGGUACCCUUAUCCGAUUUUCGAAAUGCUCACUACUGGCUGGCGAAUCAACCUUUUUUUGUUCAGUGCUAUCCUGAUGACCAUAAACACCCUGUUAUUGAAACACCUUUAUGGUCGGAUGAAUGGCUUCCUCCAUCCCAUUUCGGGCACACAUCCAGGAGAUUUGAAAAAGGCUUAA